UCUGGAGCUACAGUAGAUGGUAUUUGUCCAAAGCGUUGUGCAAUGGGAUUGAACCCAAAACCACACGAUUGGGAAACAACCUUCUAAAUUAAAUAGCCAUGCCAGCACUUAUAUAUGAGUUACUCAUCCAGAAUCAGUCGUUAGCAAUUUGUUAUAAGAUUUAUUUUAUAUUUUUAACUUCCUGGGUCUGAGAUUAGAAGCAAUUCCCAUGGCCAUUGCAUACCUUUCUCAAUUGCUGUGUUUCAAAUCUAAUGGCAAAACGUUAUCUGAAAUUUCAUCCGCCAGAUUGAAAUUUCAUCCAACCAAAAUAGUUUAACUUUCUUCCUCAAACAUUUUUAAUUUCAUUAAACACCAACAGUCAAAUCCAACACAAUUCCACGUUCCAUAAACAACAAUAUUAAGAAAACAGACAUUUAUAUUUCUAUAUUUUAGCCAAGAUUCAUGCUAUGUAUGUUCCUCUUGAAGUUACAAUGUUUUAGGAAAAGAUAGGACCAGGAAGAGAAUUCCAGAGAAUCAAAACUCUUACAAGGAAGAAUUGUUUGCUUUAAAACUUUUAUACGAUAUCACAUGAACAAAUGUAUGGUUCACCACAUUUCUGAAAUAACAUUGAAUAUAAUUAAUUAAAUGUAUGCACGCAGUUUCUUUAUAGAAAUCUUCCUCGUUUUGUAAUGAAGAAAAGAUAUUGGUCAGAAAAUAGAACAUGAAAUCCAAUACAAACUAAUACUUGUCUUUUCUACAUUUUACCAUUAGUGUGAAAUUUCAUUCAAUUGAUACAGUUUAACUUUCUUCCUUGUACAUUUUUACUUGCAUUAAACACCAACAGCUAAAUCCAACACAAGUUCACGUUCCAUCAACAACAAUAUUUACAAAACCAACUUUUACAUUCACAUACUUUAGUCAGGAACGUUUUGUCUAACUCAGAAAUAUAAACAUGGCUGUUAAAGUUCCUUGUGUUGUCAUUGACAAUGGAUCGUAUACAUGUAAAAUUGGCCUUGGACGUGAUGUUGAACCGAGCAUUUUCAUUCCUUCACAUAGCGGUUAUUGCAAUGAUCAGGGUGAAGCGAUUGGAAAUGAACUCAAAAACUAUAAUGCUAAAAUUAAAUCUGGAUACAGUACAAGUGUUCUUAACUUGAAGCAUCCUAUUGAACGCGGUGUCAUUACCAACUGGGAUGAUAUGGAGAAGAUUUGGUUGCAUGCAUUCAAAGAGUUGAAUGUUGCACCUGCAGAAAGCUCUGUCUUGUUGACUGAGGCUGUUUCUAACCCCAAGGACAACAGAGAAAAGAUGGCCGAAAUUAUGUUUGAAAAGUUUAACACUCAUGCAUUAUGUAUUGCUGAUCAGGCUCCACUGUCGCUUUUUGCUUCUGGUCGUAUCACAGGUAUGUCUGUGGAUGUAGGUCAUGGCAUCACCCAAAUUGUCCCUGUCUAUGAAGGGUCAGUUAAACGAGAAGCUGCUGUCCGGUGGGAUUUUGGUGGUGUGGACAUGACAGAUUACCUUACGAGUAUGUUGACUGAACGUGGCUAUUCCUUUGACAGACCUUCUCAGACAGAAACUGUCCGUAACAUCAAAGAGAAGUGUUGUUAUGUUGCUCUAGACUUUGAACAGGAAAUGCAGACUGCAACCUCUGAGAAAUAUAAAUUACCUGACAAGCAAGUCAUUACCAUUGGCAAUGAACGAUUCCGAACGCCAGAAGUUAUGUUCCAGCCAAGUUUAAUUCAUGAGGGAUCUGAGGGUAUUCAUGUAAGAAUUCGUGAUUCAAUCAUCAAAUGUAAUAGGUGGAUUAAAAUGCCCAUAUUUCAGAACAUUGUAUUGUCUGGUGGUUCGACAACAUUCAGAGGCUUUGCCCAGCGCCUAGAAAAAGAAAUGAGUUCCAUUCUGGCACCUGCAACGAUAUUUAUGAUUAUUGAUCAUGGAGAACUUAAAUACGCUACAUGGCUUGGUGGCACUGCAUUGGCUACUUUGUAUACCUUUAAAGAUUGGUGUAUUAGCAGAGAAGAAUAUAAUGAACAUGGCUCAAAUAUUCUCGAUAAAAAAUAUAUGUAA